AUUUUGGCACACCACCGGAAGUGUGCCGUUUUCGAUCUCAUUCAUUCAACAAACAGUGCAGUUAUGACUGAAAUUCCUUUUUAUUUUUUCAAAUUUGCCUGGUAAAUUCGGCAAACAUGGCUACAAAACGCAAAGUAGAGGUGAUUGUCCCAGCUGAGGAGAGUGACCAGCUUCUUAUUCGUCCGCUAGGUGCUGGUCAGGAGGUCGGAAGGUCAUGCAUCAUCCUGGAGUUCAAAGGAAGAAAAAUUAUGCUGGACUGUGGCAUCCACCCUGGCUUGGAGGGAAUGGACGCUCUCCCCUACAUAGACUUGAUCGAUCCAGCGGAGAUAGACCUGCUGCUCAUCAGCCAUUUUCAUCUGGAUCACUGUGGAGCUCUGCCAUGGUUCCUCCAGAAGACCAGCUUUAAAGGCAGGACGUUCAUGACCCACGCCACUAAGGCGAUCUACCGCUGGCUACUGUCGGACUACGUCAAAGUCAGCAACAUUUCUGCAGACGACAUGCUUUACACUGAGACAGACCUGGAAGAGAGCAUGGAUAAGAUUGAGACCAUCAACUUCCACGAGGUCAAAGAGGUCGCUGGAAUCAAGUUCUGGUGUUACCACGCUGGUCAUGUGCUGGGAGCUGCCAUGUUCAUGAUCGAAAUAGCUGGAGUCAAGCUGCUGUACACAGGAGACUUCUCCCGACAAGAAGACAGGCAUCUGAUGGCAGCUGAGAUCCCCAGUGUCAAACCUGACAUCUUAAUCAUAGAGUCAACUUAUGGCACCCACAUCCAUGAAAAGAGGGAGGAACGUGAAGCUCGGUUCUGUAACACAGUCCAUGACAUUGUCAACAGAGAAGGUCGCUGUUUAAUCCCUGUGUUCGCCUUAGGACGGGCCCAAGAACUGCUGCUCAUCCUGGAUGAGUACUGGCAAAACCACCCAGAGCUCCACGACAUCCCCAUCUACUAUGCUUCAUCCCUGGCCAAGAAGUGCAUGGCUGUGUACCAGACCUACGUCAACGCAAUGAACGACAAGAUCCGCAAAGCCAUAAAUAUCAACAAUCCUUUUGUCUUCAAGCACAUCAGCAACCUCAAGAGCAUGGAUCAUUUCGAUGACAUCGGUCCCAGUGUGGUGAUGGCGUCUCCAGGUAUGAUGCAGAGUGGGCUCUCCAGAGAGCUCUUUGAGAGCUGGUGCACUGAUAAGAGAAACGGAGUCAUCAUCGCUGGAUACUGUGUGGAGGGCACACUGGCCAAGCACAUCAUGUCUGAGCCGGAGGAGAUCACCACCAUGUCGGGACAGAAGCUGCAGUUGAAGAUGUCAGUGGACUACAUCUCCUUCUCUGCCCACACAGACUACCAGCAGACCAGCGAGUUCAUCAGGGCACUCAAACCACCACAUGUGAUCCUGGUCCAUGGAGAGCAGAAUGAGAUGGCCCGUCUGAAGGCUGCACUGAUCAGGGAGUAUGAGGAUAAUGACCAGGUUCACAUCGAGGUCCACAACCCUCGCAACACAGAAGCGGUCACCCUCAACUUCAGAGGAGAGAAACUGGCCAAGGUGAUGGGCUCUCUGGCUGAUAAGAAGUGUGCUCAGGGUCAGAGGGUGUCGGGCAUACUGGUGAAGAAGAACUUCAACUACCACAUCCUCAAUCCCUCUGACUUAUCCACAUACACGGAGCUGUCCAUGAGCACAGUGAAACAGACCCAGGCCAUCCCCUUCACUGGACCUUACUCACUGCUCGUCUGCCAUCUGAGGAACCUCACUGGUGAUGUGGAAGAGCUGGAUGGAACCGAGAAAAACACUUUGAAGCUCUUUAAAAAUAUCAUUCUGAUCCAAGAGGCUGGCAUGGUGCUGCUGGAGUGGAUAGCUAACCCUCUGAAUGACAUGUAUGCUGAUGCUGUCACCACAGUAGUGCUGGAAGUCCAGUCGAACCCAAAGGCUCAGAAGGUCAUGGAGACCCAGAGUGCCAUUAUGGACAUGGACGUCUUUCAUACCCGACUAGAGGUCAUGCUGCAGGAUAUGUUUGGAGAGGAAUGUGUGGAUUUCAGGGAUGGUAAAAAUAUCUCUGUGACAGUAGAUGGGAAGACGGUUCACAUCUGCUUGGAAACGAGGUCUGUGUGCUACGAGGAUGAAUGCACAGAGGACGACUCUCUGAGAGAGAUGGUGGAGCUGGCGGUGCAGCGGCUCUAUGACGCCCUCAACCCAGUCAUCUGAGAACAGAGACGGGACUGCAGGCCAGCCGACAUGUUCAAUACCAGUUAGACAGACGAAAGUUAACAAGCAGAUUUUAUUUGUGAGCGAAACACUGAAAAUAACACGUGCACCUAAGGAUCACAGUGACUUGUCUAUCUGAUAGAUUAGUCUGACGUCCAUGUUUCUACACUACUGCGAUCUAUAGAGUUUUUCGCUCAUUCUUGUAUCACACAUACAUUUGACAAAUCACUCACAAUGUAACUUGCCUGGUCUGUUUUGGUGUAAUCAAAAGCCUUGGCAGCCAAUCGCACUCCCACCUUGUGAAUUCUAUCUGAAAAGACUAGAUUGGCCUUUUACUAAUUAAGAGAACAUUAAGGAGAGUUCCUGAUCUGUGACCAUAGAGCCACCAUCUAAGGGAAGGAAAUAAAUAAGCUAUUGUAUGUAGAUAGGAUUUUUUUAAAAUAAGAUUUUAGUGUUGUUUUUUGUCUUGCAAGCACUUUUAAUUAUAUUUAAUAAGUUAACUGUAUUUAAGUUUAAAUGCACUGAAGCUUUGUUUGACAUGAGUUUGUUACUAAUGUGCACUGAUAGGACUGACUUGUGUUUACUUAUAACUGUGAUGUGAACUGUGAAUUUCUAAAUGCACUACAUCUGUGUUCAUUGUAUAAUGUUUCAACAAAAAUGUUUUAUAAAAAUGUGUGAGUCAG